ACAAGAUUAUGAGAGCUAAUUCCAGUGUGUGGCAAUGGGUAUGUUUUAACACUUAUCUACUUUGAUUUACUUUGCAGUGCACAGGCAAAAUGUUAUCUCUACUAUUAGUAAGAUUUUGCUACACAACAAAAUUCGAUUUAAGGAGGUCACAGGCAGGAGUACUCGGACAAAUCUGCCCUAUUGUAAUCUCUACCAAGGACCAUUUCCAACGAAAGAAAGCUGUCAACCAAAUAACCAUCAACAGUGACAGGAAAACAAAUGACACUAUAGAGAACUGAUUUCCAGGCCCUCCCUCCUGUCACAUCUUCAACCAUCGUUGUCUCACGUCCUACCUUAGAAAAUGCAGGAAAUUGUGAUUCAUUUCUUUUAAUCUAUGCCCUUCUUCUUGCCUCAAAGCAUACAAACACCUCUAACACAGCCAUCAGUGCCCAAGAUAACCACCACACACCACACCGACACAGAAGCCAUUUGCUACCACCACUACUUCUAACACAUCCACUGCAACAUCAUACUUCGCGUGAUCAGGAGACCGGCAUGGAAGUGGAGUCGGUUGAAUGCGAGUGCUGCGGGCUACAAGAGGACUGCACAGAUGACUAUAUAAGCAGCGUGAAAAAGGAUUUUGAUGGCAAGUGGCUGUGUGGACUUUGCUCUGAAGCUGUGAGAGAUGAGUUGAGCAGGGGUAAAAGGAAGGGCCAUGGGGUGGAUGAGGCCAUAAGGGCUCACAUAUCAUUCUGCAGGAAGUACAAGUCAAAUCCAGCAGUUCGGGUGGCUGAUGGGAUGAAACAGAUGCUGAGGAGGAGGUCUGGGGAAUUGUCGAAGAGUGCAUUGAUAAAGAAACAUGGAUGAAUGUCAAGCACAGGUAGAAGAUGAGUUGCUGGUUGAGUAGAUGAUGGCAGAGGUGAUGGAGAUGGUUAUGCGAAUCAAGGUGAAGGAACAGCAAAUGAGGAGAAAACACAUGAUAGGAUGGAGGGUGAAGCAGUUAUGUAAUCCAAAACAAUUUGUAAUCCAAUAUUUUUGUGCAACAUGUAAUAUUUUAGACUACAAAUCAUCCACUUGUUGCAUAUAAACAAUCAAAUAUUUGCAGAUGGAAAUGAUGGAUGUGUGUUUUUUUGUAGAUAGCAAUCAGGACACAGUUUCAAGAUUUGAAAACUUCUUACUGGUUGAUCUCACAUUAUUGCCUUUUGAAUUUAAUGUUAUAUAGUAGAAAAAGAAUUUUGGUCUGAGGUGGUCAUGGUAAUAAGUUUAAAGAUUACCUCAUAUUGUCAAAUUCUCAUUUGUAACAAAUUACUAAUAUGAUGCUCAUAUUUACAAGGCAAAGAACAUCUACUAUAUGACACUUCUUUAUACAAGGCAUCAAUCCUUUUUGACACCAAUUAAUGAAAAAAUGGUUUUGGAAGGACUUUCAGAAGCAUUAAAGUCUUGAUGAAGCUCAAACUCUUUUAUUUUUUGGAUUUGCA